AGAGACACUCCCAUUACCGGGAGAGGGCGGAGAUAACAAUCCACAGACAUUAACAGCAUCAACUUCAUUAUCAGAAAGUCGCAAGAGAAAAUUUGCAGUUUUAAAAUGAAUUAUCAGGGAUACGGCGCACCAGCUGCUGCGGGUGGGUUUGCAGGUGGAUUUCCUGGCCAGCAGCAGGACCCGCUGUACGGAUACUUCGUUGCAGUUGCUGGUCAAGAUGGCCAAAUAUCUGCAGAAGAACUUCAAACUUGUUUGACCCAGGCCAACUUCUCUGGUGGCUACAGACCUUUCAAUAUUGAGACGUGUCGGCUGAUGGUCAGCAUGCUUGAUAGAGACAUGUCUUGCUCAAUGGGCUUCAAUGAGUUUAAGGAGUUGUGGGCGGUGCUGAACGGCUGGAAGCAGCACUUUAUGAGUAUUGACAGGGACAGGAGCGGUACAGUUGACCCACAGGAAAUGAACCAGGCCAUCACUUCCAUGGGUUACAGGUUGAGUCCUCAGGCCAUGAACGCUAUAAUAAAGCGUUACAGCUCUAAUGGAAAGAUCUCGUUUGAUGAUUAUGUUGCAUGCUGCGUCAAAAUGAGGAGCUUGACUGACCUGUUCAGAAAGAGGGACCAGGCUCAACAGGGAAUGGCAACAUUUCAAUAUGAUGAUUUCAUCCAGUGCACCAUGAGCAUCUGAGAGAAGGCUUUGGGUUCAUACUAAGCUGCAAAAACAGAAAAAUGCCACUUUUUUUAACAGUUUAUUUACAUGAUAUACUUACAAAUACCUUUUUUUUUUUUUUUUUUUUUUGUGGCCUUAUGCAUACUACCAUUAUUCAGAAUUACUAUUACAUUAGCAAUGUCAAUAUACUACUAACAGUCUAACCACUUAUACAAAAAUAUAACUAAGGUUGUGGAUUUGGAUUGGAUGUGUGGAUUUAUAUCCUUGUAUCAUAACAAUUGAAACUCUGUGAAUAGUUUUACUCCAUGAUAAAUUCCACAAAAAAAAAAUAAAAAAUUUCAAAAUGCCACUUUACAUUUUGAGUCAUUUCAAAAAUAUUGUGUCAGCACCUUAUAUACAGUAUAAACUGCAAUUUAUGUCUAUGACAUGUUCAGUCAGAAGUAGUUAGUUCAAUUUCAAAUAUGAUCAAUAUCUAUUGUAUGUAUUGCUGAAUAAAGGGAAAAUAUAUUUUGUCACCAAAGAAUUCAUGACCAUACAGUCACUGUCUGUUUCAUUUAUACUGAGUGAAUUCUUGUGAAAUAUAAAACCAUUUAUGACAUUCUUUAAACAACAGGACCUGUUCUACAGAGACUUGUAAUAACGUGAGUGUGUAUUAUUUCAUUUACAAUACACAGGAAACAUGAAUCUGAUUGACUAACCCCACUAACCUCAAUAUGGCAGUUUUUAGUUGUUUUUUUUUUUACAUUUGGUUAGAGGUAUUUCUCAAUACGGAGUACACUUUUUCUAAACCCUUCACAAAGUUCUCCAAUGACCAGAUUGAUAUCAAAAUCAACUCAAUCAGCUAUGAAGUUGUGCAAAAUGGGUUGUAGAUACACAGUAAAAUCGAAAAAGUUGACCUUACCUGACCAGAUUUGAAAGGCAAUUAAUUUGCAUGCUUAAACAUUCUUUUGGCUCAAGUACAGUGAACUUGACUUUAAGCACAGUUAACUAGUAAAAAGUAGACUUAGAGAAAUGAUUUGUAUCUGUGACUAAACAGUUUUGCAGUGGUUGAGUUUGAGUAAGAAAUGUUUCCAUGAUUUAUUAAAGAUCUGCUUACUGAAUGUAUUUUAUGUGAAAGCAAUGGAAAACGAUUCAUCGUUUGGACUGUCAAUAUUGUGCACUCAGUAUUGUGAAAUGCAUGUGUGAGCACUUGUAAAAACUGUAAUACGAUUCUUAUCUGAUCAAAGUGUUUAGAGCUUUUUAUGGAUUUCCUACAAAACGUCAGCUUUGUUUUUUUCCCUUAUUUACUCAGUAAAUGUCAUGAAGCCAGUGUUAAUUUAAGAAGUCUUAUUUGUAUUUUACUUCAAAUGACCAAUCACGUUUUCAAAUUUCUGUUCCAACCAGGCAUAAAGGUGAUUUGUCUUUUUUCAGAUACAGUUACAGUACUAAACUGUGUGUUAUAAGUUAAUAAAUUGUGUAUUUCAUUUUUACAUUCAUAGUUCAAUUAAAGAUUUUAAAAGUUCAA